AUGAACAUUUGAAAUUGUAUUAUAAUGUAAGACAAAAAAAAAACAAACUUUUUAUACGAACGUAUUGGUAACACACAUGAAUAGUGAAUACCCAAUUAUAAUUUCUUAUUUAAUAACGAGUUAAAUGUAUUUUUAAUUUUUAAUUAUUUAUAUUUCAUACUACGUAUAUAAACAUCUAUUAUGUCAAUAACGGUAAAAACGUGACGAUUUCACCAACUCCAUGUAAGUACCAAUAACAAUUAUUUAGUAUAUAAUAAAUUAACGUCAUACGUUUAUAUAUGUGUCAUAUGCGAUUUCAAAUUUACAUUGGAAUUUUCUAAACUCAUAUAGUACUGUUUCUUCCCUGUAAUAAUGAAAAUACUGAAUAAUUAUUUGUUUUGAAAUAAUAGGUAUUUAUUUUAUAUUAAUUGUGUUCGACGCACUUUUCACAAACGACUACCCUUUUCCUAAACCUGCUCCGGCGAUACCUGUAAUAUCCACGCUGAAUAUAUAUUUGAAAAAGAAAGUCCUUUCAGUCUACACGCGACUCUCGUGCGAUCGUGAUACAACGUCUGCUAUGGAAUAUUUUAACUGAAACAAAUCUGAAUACAUGUUUUAGUUAUUGUUUACGUCUUCCAGGGAAUAUUUAAAAAUAAUUAUUAAAAUUAAACAUAAAUAAUACAAAAUUAAUUAAUCUCAUAAAAAACAACAUGAACGGACACCGGAUAAACAAACAUUACUAUUGUUUGGUGAUUUUCACGUUCUUUUGCCUGAACAUAUUGCAAACGAAUGCGGGAAUUUCGACAAUGUUGAGAGACACGGGAGUGAUUCCGGCAGUACCGAUGACAGAUUUGAAAGAGACAGCGACAGAUGGACCAGAAAUGGCUAGAAUUUUCUACUCGGCAAUCGGCAACUUUGUGGAAGCCGUUCCCGUUUUCCCGAUCACGUUCAACGUACCCGACAUGGUGACCGCUUUCGGUGGCUUGCUGUCGGGCAUGUUCAAUUACAUUACCGGCAACGACAGCGGCGGAGGGUCACAACCCAAAGACGUCUUCGGAGCCAUGCUCGACAUCUAUAGGCACAUAGCCGUACAAGAAGACAUUCAUGAUUUUGAGUUCAUGACGUAAAAUACAGCUUAGCAUAAUAGCUGAGACGUACCUACCCAAUAUAAUAAUAGUCUACAUCGAGAGGAGGAGAGUUAAAAGUCGUCGUCGUUAUUUUUUCGUGUUCUUUUAUCUUUUAAGCGCAUCACUGCGGUAUAAUAUGUUAUUAUACAUUGUCAUAUAAAACGCACAUUAAUAUUUAAAUGAAGUGAAACGUAUUCUGCCGACUAAUUCUUCGACACAUCUUCGAACAACUGUAAAAAAAAUUGCCCACCAACAUAUUGGGGUAUAAUGCCGCCCACUAUGUUAUGUACCUACCUAUAUUUAGUAUUAACAUUUUACUCCCACCGUGAAAUCGAGUAGGUGCGAAAUUUUAAUCGCAAGAAAGCACCUCCUAUUGCAUACCUAUAUAUACCUACUUAUAUUAGUACCUACCUAUAUUUAAAACUAGAUUUCUUAUAACUGCGUUGUUAGCAUAAUAUAUUUUAAAUCUGAUUAGUACCUGCUAUUAUCCCGAUUGGUAUGUUUCACUUACUUUCUCGUUCUGAAGAUGUAUAUUUUUAGAUCAACUUUUUAAUUAUUAAUUAUUAUUAUAAUGAUAGCCGGUAGGUAUAAAUGAAUAGGUACCUAUACCUUCGUCUAUACCGACUGCCAUGCCAGUCGACAUGAACGAUAAAUAUUCAAAACGACAUAUUAUUUAAACUCGAGAGAUAAAUAAAUAAUGUUGUAUAUAGAAUUGUCAUGCAAAAAUAUUUAGGUACCUACCAAUUUUUUUCAAUUUGAUACGAGUGUUAGAAAUCAUAAUAUAAUAUAACAGAUGCUAAAUGCGUUACUUAUAGUCAGCUGAAAUCAUAUCAAUUUAAAGUUUUUUUUUAAACGAAUAAGUAACGGUAAUGACUGGUUUUGUGUUAAUGCAAUAUAUUAUGUUUGAAAGCACUAAAAUCAUUAAUAGAAACUACAUUUUUUUUGUCAAAUAUAAACACAUGAAUUGGUCGUAUUUAAAGUAAAGUCGAGUAGGUAUGUUUCAAAUUAUUAUUAAUUUCACUACCUACAUGGUUUUCAUUGCUGUAAUGUUAUAAUAAUAUGGCACCUUAAUUAUAAAACGUACAAGAUAAACUUAGAUUGAUUUGAAUUAUUGUAAUUAUGAUAUAAAAAUACCUAAUCAUAAACAUUGGCAAUUGAGUCACCCGCCAUUUCAUUAAACAUUUCAGUGGCGCAGACGAGGGGUCUACAGCACUCCCCGAAAUUGCAGGAAAAUUUAAACAUGCUUUCAGUGUUCUGUGAACGUAUUACGUAAGAUGUUGAUAACCGUUUAUUAUAACUAUUGCAAUUUGUAUGAAAGUUGCUACAAACGUCUAAAAUGUUACCUACCUACUUACCCGCUGCAUCGACAUACCAAACUUAUUCGGAACUCUGUAAAGUAAAGCCUCACCCACAUGACUAGUUCGCCCUACAAAAUAUAUCAAAAUCCUGGGUACUCCACGUCUCCACUGAUUACUGAAACACAUUUAGUACCUGUAUUAUAUUUUGAGGUAGAGUUCGACACGGCCUGACACAACGACUUUAUACGUGACUUCGUCUAUAUAGGAUUUUGCACCAAUUUAAGUGAAAGGCAAAUUUGUAAGAGACAAAGAAAACGUGAAUAUUAUACUAAUUGUACACAAUACAAAUAAGUGUUAAAUAUAUCUUAUCGAAUAUAGUGGUAGGUAACUAUAAUAGUGUAUAAUGUAGCGUAUAUUAUAUAAUAUGGUAUACAUUUUGUAAAUAUAGGUAGUUUAAAAGAUAUGACAUUUAUUAACUAAUAAAUCAAAAUAUUGUAUAAAAUUAUUCUAAAUGUAUGGUAUGAAGACUAUAUAAUCUUUUGAUGUAAAAUAUUAAAAUAUGUAUUUAUUUUUAAGUUAUUAAAUCAUUUAUUUAUUUAUUCAGAUUACUUUACUUGUUUAUUAUUGUUUGUCCAUGAAAAAAUAUUGAAAAUUAGAAUUAGGCACUAGUUUAUGAGUUAGGUAUUAUUAAUUUAACUGCGUGUGCUAUAUUAUCCUAUUAGGGAAUAGGGGUGUAUUUAUGGAAUCUAUGAUGAUUUGAUCAUUUUAGUACCUACGUAAUAGUUUUAUGUAUCAACAUUUACAUUUUAUAAUUUGUAAAAAUUGUCCGAGUAUAAUAAACGCUAGAUCCAAGAUGA